UGCAGAAAUCGAAACCGGGCAAUCUGAAAGUUCAAAUUUGCCAAUCUGCUCUGUUCGGCUCCAGCCAUUUGGAUGCUAAGCGCUAACGCAACGCAGCCCAAACCCUCGAAAGCCGAGCCACUCCCCAUUCGCCUCCUAACACUUUUAAUCCAAAUUUCCCAUUUCCAAAUUCUUCUCCCACUUUCCCUCUUCUCAGUCUCUCCUUCCCAUCUACAGCAGGCAGCUGGAUUUUGAGCACUUUUGAUAAUGGACUCUGUAAUCACAAAUUCCGAACGUAGGCCAUUCUCUAUCAAGUUGUGGCCUCCUAGUGAAAAUACUAGGAAAAUGCUUGUGGAUCGGAUGACUAAUAACCUUACCAGCAAAUCCUUCUUCACCCAAAAAUAUGGUACUCUUAGUCAGGAAGAGGCCACAGAUGAGUCGAAGAGAAUUGAAGAUAUUGCUUUUGUUACAGCUAAUCAGAAUUACGAGAAACAGCCUGAUGGUGAUGGAGGUGCUGCUGUGCAACUUUAUGCCAAGGAAUGUAGCAGGCUUCUUCUCGAGGUUCUUAAGAGAGGUCCUAGAGUCGAGGAGGACAAGGAGGUUGGAUCUGAUGUCAUUAGUGCUCCUCGUGAAACCUGUUUUGACAUUUCAAAGGGUCGACGAGACUUCAUCGAUGCAGAGGAAGCUGAAGAACUUCUUAAGCCUUUGAAAGAGCUCGGGAACUCUUAUACCAAGAUAUGUUUUAGCAAUCGAAGCUUUGGUUUAGAAGCAGCUUGUGUUACUGAGCCCAUUCUGGCAUCCCUAAAGGAUCAGUUAAAAGAAGUGGACCUCUCUGAUUUUAUUGCAGGAAGACCGGAGUCGGAAGCUCUAGAAGUCAUGAAAAUAUUCUCAGAUGCCUUAGAAGGCAGCAUAUUGAGGUCCCUGAACCUCUCAAACAAUGCCUUAGGUGAGAAGGGUGUUAGAGCUUUUGGCUCUCUUCUGAAAUCCCAAACUUGUUUAGAGGAGCUCUACUUGAUGAAUGAUGGCAUUUCCAAGGAAGCUGCCCAGGCGGUAUCCGAGUUGAUUCCUUCGACGGAGAAGCUUAGGGUCCUUCAAUUUCAUAAUAAUAUGACAGGCGAUGAAGGUGCACUUGCUAUCGCUGAAGUUGUUAAGCGUUCUCCUCUACUGGAAGAUUUUCGUUGCUCCUCUACAAGGAUAGACUCUGAGGGGGGAGUCGCGUUAUCUAUAGCACUCGAGAUGUGUACCCGAUUGAAGAAACUUGAUCUGCGGGACAACAUGUUUGGAGUGGAGGGUGGAGUUGCUCUGAGUAAAGCUCUUUCAUACCAUGCAGAUCUCAAGGAAUUGUAUUUGAGCUACCUGAACUUGGAAGAUGAAGGUGCAAUUGCCAUAGCCAAUGUACUCAAGGAAACUGCUCCUGCACUCGAAGUUUUGGAGAUGGCUGGGAACGACAUAACAGCCGAAGCUGCUUCCGUACUAGCUGCUUGCAUAGCACAAAAGCUACAUCUAACCAGCUUGAAUUUGUCUGAGAAUGAACUGAAGGACGAGGGAACCAUCCAGAUCAGUAAGUCAUUGGAAGGUCACAGCAACCUGAAGGAAGUUGAUAUGAGCACCAACUUAAUAAGGAGAGCAGGGGCUCGGGUUUUGGCUCAAACUUUGGUUCAGAAGCCUGGUUUUGUGUUGCUGAACAUCAAUGGAAAUUUCAUUUCUGAUGAAGGCAUUGAUGAGGUGAAUGAUAUUUUCAAGAAGUGUCCGAAUCUUCUCGGGCCCUUGGAUGAAAAUGAUCCUGAAGGUGGAGAUGGCGACGAUCAGGAAUCUGUAGAGGAUGAGAAUGACGAAGAUGAAUUGGGUUCGAAACUAAAGAACCUUGAAGUUACUCAAGAGAACUAGAGGUUCUGUAUUUAUGAGCACUUUGAUGUAGUUUAGUUGCAAGAUUUGUCUCUUAGACUAGUAUUUGAAGAGAGGCAUCUGUUUUAGUUUCAGACUUUUCAUUUUUCUUUCUAAGUGUUGAAUCUAAUCUAGCCCCAAUCAACAGGAAUUUCGACAAUUUCGACGAGCAGCAUAGUAAUAGAUGCCUGUAGUUGUAGGAUUCUUUCGGUUUUCGCUGUCGUCGUUAUGUGGAGACUAGUGAUAAUAGGAAUUUUUGUAAUGAACUGUAUGUUUUUCUUUGUUGUCAUGGAUCUUGCUCUGUAGUUCAGUGAAGACUUUAAAGCCUUUGCUUAUGUUGAUUUGGAGCAAUCUAAGUCCUUUCAUCAUGAAGCCAA